AUGAGUAGAGAUCUCGAGAGAGGAUCCCCGACUGGCACGAUGGAGCAGGGAGGAGCCUCUGUCUCAACACUGGACGAGCCUAUACGGGUUACUAUCAUGCGGGACGUCACUGCUGUGGGCCAGAAGUUGAAGUACGUGAUGCUCCCACGAGCACGAGUAGAGGGUGGUGCCGGCCUUCGCAACUGGGAUCUAUGGGGUCCCUUGAUGCUGUGCAUGGCCCUAUCAGUGAUACUAGCAUUACAAGCACCAGACACGCAGAAGGGGUAUGUGUUCUCUAUGAUAUUCGUCAUAGUGUGGCUAGGCUCGGCAGUGGUUACUGUCAACGGCGUCCUCAUCAAAGGAAAGAUUUCGUUCUUCCAGUCCGUCUGUGUACUGGGCUAUUGCGUCUUCCCUCUGGUUUUAUCAGCAAUAGUUUGCUACUUCGUUAAGGACUACCAGAUAGUGAAAUUGCUCGUGGUACUAGCUGGAUUCGUCUGGUCUACCGGAGCCUCAGUGGGAUUCAUGUCGGAGCUGGUUCCAGCGGAUCGUCGGGCUCUAGGAGUAUUCCCAGUGUGGCUAUUUUAUGCAACCAUCGCCUGGAUAAUUCUCCUCAUCUAA